GCUGCAUUUUAACCUGAAACAUAAUAUGAGAGAAAGUGCCCUCUGCCAGCAUGUGCUACUUUGCAGUGGGGAAAAAAAAGAGACGCCUGUCUAUUGUUGAGGUGCCUAUUUGCCAGUAGGGGUGAUCAUCAUUUUUGCGUGUAGAAACAGCGUCGUCCUUCCCCCCACCGCCUCUUUUUUUAACUUCUAGCAGAAGUGCGGAUGUGAGUUGCAUAUUGAUACGGAACAGGCCGCCAGUUUUUUUUCCUCUUAGCAAUGCGUGCUUAGGCAAUGAUCAUUUUGUGGAGCUAUGAAUCCAGAGGAGCAGACUGUAACGUGGUUGAUAUCACUAGGAGUGCUCAGCUCGCCUAAAAAGAACAUAGCAGACCCGGAGGAGUUUUUGAAAACAUCGCUGAAGGAUGGGGUCGUCCUGUGCAAGCUCACGGAGCGGCUCAUACCUGGCUUCACUCCCAAGUAUUGCCAGGAUCCGAGAACUGAAGCCGACUGCAUUACCAACAUCAAGGAGUUUUUAAGAGGAUGCUCGUCCUUGAAAGUGGAGGGGUUUGAACCAGAGUGGUUAUACACUGGCGAGAAUUUUGGCAAGGUGCUGACCACUUUGCUGGCAGUCAACUUUGCCACACAAGACUGUGCUGCUGAGAGGUCAUGUUCGCAGUCUGGUGCCCACUCCCCUAGUCAGUCGACAUCUUCACACACACUCUCCUCUGCCAAAUCCAAAGGCUCUCUGCGUAGGCAAUCCAAAUCAGUGGAGAUGUCUGAGAACGGCGGAGGCGGGCAGCUGAUGGUGAAGGCCCGCUUCAACUUCAAGCAGAACAAUGAGGACGAGCUGUCGUUUAAUAAAGGUGACGUGAUUCAAGUGGCGCGACAAGAGGAGGGAGGAUGGUGGGAGGGCACGCUCAACGGCAAGACAGGCUGGUUCCCCAGUAACUACGUGCGGGAGAUCAAACCUUGUGAGAAGCCAGUGUCUCCUAAAGGAACUCAGCUGACCAAGAACUACUACAGUGUGGUGGUACAGGACAUCUUGGAACAUGAGCGGGAGUUUGUCAAAGAAUUACAAACAGUGCUGAGUUGUUACCUACGACCACUGCAAGCCAGCGACAAAGUGAGCAGUGCAGACAGCGCCACCCUGUGUGGAAACCUGGAGGAGAUACUCACCUUCCAGCAGGGACUGUGUGUGGCUUUGGAGGACUGUACCAAAGUCCCAGAGGGCCAGCAGAGAGUGGGGGGCUGCUAUUUAAACCAGAUGUGUCAGAUCAAGACUCUGUACCUGGCUUACUGUUCCAGCCAUCCUUCAGCUGUUUGCAUCCUCACCGACCACAGCGAGGAACUGGACAAGUUCAUGGAGAGCCAGGGAGCCAGUGCUCCAGGGAUCCUGACCCUAACCACCAGUCUCAGUAAGCCCUUCAUGAGGCUUGACAAAUACCCCACGCUGCUGCAGGAGCUGGAGAGACAUGUGGAGGAAGCCCACCCAGACUAUACUGACAUUGUAAAGGCAACAGCAGCAUUUAGGAGCCUAGUGACGCAGUGCCAAGAGCUGCGGAAGCGAAAGAACCUGGAGCUCCAGAUCUUGUCGGAGCCUGUGCGGGGCUGGGAGGGAGACAGCAUGAAGAGCCUGGGUCAUGUGACAUACAUGUCCCAGGUCCAUGUGAAAAAUGGCUCCAGUGAGGAAAAAGAGGAGCGCUAUCUAAUGCUUUUCCCUAAUGUGAUAGUCAUGCUCUCCGCCAGUCCCCGGAUGAGUGGCUUUAUUUAUCAGGGAAGACUGCCACUGACAGGCACCACAGUAACAAGACAUGCGGAGGAUGCAGACAGCGGCCACUACGCCUUUGAUAUCACAGGAAGCAUGAUCGAUCGCAUCACAGUGUUCUGCAGCACUGCCCAGGACUUACAAGAGUGGCUAGAGCACCUUCAGCCCUUUACCAAAGGAGGCAGCCCUGCAGGCACCAUCUCAAAGACGGUAGAAGGCAAGUCGCUGAGCAUGGUCGGCACCCCCACCCACCUGUCCCACCUGGGCAGCCUCAGCGCCGUCAGUCGCGGCCCCCUGGAGCCGCCAAAGAUCAGCAAGCCCUGGUCUCUCAGCUGUCUGCGUCCAGCGCCUCCCCUCAAACCCUCUGCUGCGCUGGGAUACAAAGAGAGGAUGUCUUAUAUCAUGAAGGACUCCAGCAAGAGCCCGCGGCCGAUGAAAAAGUUCCUGCCAGGCAACAGGAAGAAAGAGCGGAAGCCCUCUGAUGACGAGAUUCAAACAAGGAAAAGCACGGUCGCUCUGGAGGAGGACGCUCAAAUACUGAGGGUGAUUGAGGCGUACUGUACAGGAGCCAGCCUGCACCAGACCAGCACAGGUGUGCGUUUAUCGGUGCGGAAAGAGUGUGUCCCUCAGGUGCUUCUGCCAGAGGAAGAGAAGAUCAUCGUGGAGGAGAUGAAGAGCAACGGGCAGACAGUUAUUGAGGAAAAGAGUCUGGUUGAUGCUGUGUAUGCUUUAAAGGAUGAGGUUCAUGAACUAAAAAAGGAGAAUAAGUGGAUGAAGCAGUUCCUGGAGGAGGAGCAGAAGUCUCGCAAAGAGCUGGAGAGAGUGGUUCGAAAACUGGCCAAGCAGAAGAACGAUUGUGCUUGGGAUGACAGCAGCCACUGAGCACAUCCGCACAAUCAUCCUCAUCCUAGCAUGGCUGUGUGCGUAUGGCUACAUUUCUGUAUUCAUGCUUGCGGAGGGUCAGGCGUGUGUGUGUGUGUUUGUGUAUCUUGUCUAUGUUGCGUCUCCAUAUUUCAAUCACACACAGCAGAGUCGAACUCCCUCACUGACGACGACAACGACGACGACGACACUUGGAGUUUGUUAGCUUCAAGCGCUGGAGCUUCAUGUGACGUUUCUGAUGAAAUCUAAUCUGUCUUCCUGAUCCAGACCACGGAUACGCUUCGUCAUGAAGCAGCUCAGCUAAACCCAGACUGAUAAAGUGGGAUGUUUCAAACAUACUGCCUCUUGGCGACUGGCACUGUGAACACUCCCCCCAGCAAAUGGACAUAAACGAGUUCUCCGCUGCUUCUUGUGCUUCAGUUGGAAAUAGAAAAGGACGAAGCCAUCGAGUCCGAUAGGUGUUCUCUUUGCAUGCAUUUCUGUUACAAAGGGGACUGAUUUCCUUCUCUCUGCAUUUUUGUCAUUGUCGUAUUUUAUUUGUCACACGGACACCCAGUGGGGAUUCAUUGUGCUUUCAUGUGCAUUUUGUACCAUUCUAGACAUUCACAUCACAGGUUUCCUGGCUGUUUUGUUGGUGUUAAGGCAAAUCAAACAGGUUAGCUCCUCAUGCUACAUUCAGUUGUUUCCAAAUGCAGCCCUCGACUGUAUAUUUAAAAACUGCAUGAAUGUACAGUGUUUCUACGGUAUGAAUUCUGCAUCAGAAAUGUGAUAAUCAAGAUAUAUAGUCCAAAGCUAUCAGGGAUGCAGCUGCGUAAUAGAAUAGAAAAGGCUUAACUAUGUAUGAUUUAUAUACAAGAGUACGCAAAUAAUGACACAGACGUCACCUCUACUCUUCUUACUAAAAUAUAUUCAAGUAUAAUUUUAACAUAUUAUUGACAUAGCCUUGCGUUAUUUUGGAUUUUUUUUUUUUUUUUUUUUUAAAUAUUCUUUAUUUAUUGUUCACCCAAGCAUUUAAUUGUGGUGUUAGCCUUAUAGAUAUCGUUUUGCUGCCUUUACAUCUGUCUUGAAUUUGGUAAACUUCACUGAUGUGUAAAGGCAGAAAAAUAAUCCUCAUUUUGGCCAAGGGAAAGUAGACUUUUUUUUUUU